AAACGGGUCGAAAUGUUGAGCCCGAACCCGACCCGUUUCGGGUUCGGGUUGACCCUAACCCAAAAUUUUUGGGUCGGGUUCGAGUCGGAUUUUCGGGUCGUGUCAAAUAUUGACACCCCUAACCGGCGUUAUGACCACCGAAACACAACUGGCGGUAUGAACCGCCGGUGAAAAAAACUGCCGAAAAAUGAUCGUCGAAAACAAUUUCCUACGCGGUUUUUACCGGCGGCGUUUGAACCGCCAAAAAGCCCCCAUUUUUUUACAAAACCGUAGGAACGCUUAUGCUGACCGCCGGAACAAACCGUCGGUCAUGAGUGAUUUUCCUAUAGUGAUUAUUCAUUUAAUAAAUGAGAGCUUUGUCAUGUAUAUGUAUAUUAUUAAUGACUCAUUGUAUAAAUCAACUAGAAGGCAUUAUUUUGGAGACAUGACCACUAGAUUACUAUUUAUUAUAUUUAGUUUACAAAUUAAGAAAAAUAUUAUCCUAACAUUGUUGUAUGUGAUUUGUAACUAGUAAGUGUAAAAUUUAUUGUGUAAAUAAACUUGUAUUUGGUGUUAUAAAUAGAAUAUAAUAUAUCAGUGCUAGACUUCCGUCUUAUGUCAAAGUCAUUUGUGGUCAAACAUGAUUGAUGGUAAAAAUCUUAUUUAAGCGUUAUAACUAAAUAUAAUUAUAUUAUUUGAGGCAUACCGUAGUUUUAUUUUCUUUCUAGUUUGUAAUAGAUUUUUUUCCUGCUCUUAAUGCUAUUUGCAUUUCUUCACAAAAAAAAAAGGAAGUAUAAGUUAAUAGAUAUUAGGAAGUUAAUUAAUUUAUAAGUGCUAUGGUAAUUAGUAGUUGCAAAAUUUGGUAUAUUAGUUUAGGAUUUAUAUUUAGUAGUAUGUAACCUACAUAUUUAACCAUAAGUCCAUAUUUGUGAUGUAACUUGCCAAUUUAUUUAAAUUUUUAAGUAGAUGUGCAUAAUAUGUAUCAAACAACUUGAGAAUAUGGGGUAUAUGCUAACCUUUUUGAAGUAUGCAUCUUUGAUAUGCUUCAGGCAAUUUAUUCUAUAAUCACAAUAUUUCUUUUCAAUGCCCAAUUCUUGAAGUAGUUAUAAUCAAAAAAUCAUUUGACAUUUUCAUUUAAUUCUAUGAUUGAAGACUUUAAGCGCGACAUCAUAAUAUUGUUCAAUACAUGAAACCAUGUUCACAAACAUGAAAACAAAAACAUGCUUUAAGCUUUGGAAUUUGUUGUAUUCCAUUUGGGCAGGGGCACUUUCUAAAGUUCUUCUUCUUGCUAUAUUUUUUUUUACCUAUAGUUUUGGAUUUUCAUCUCUUCUCUGUCUUUCUUCUCUUUUUAUUUUGACGUACAAUAUUGAGAUAUUAUACUUAGAGUAGUUUAAUGAUUUCCUCUUGUAUUUCUUCAGGUUUUUUUUUCAUGUUUUCUAGUUUAUUUCUCUUUCUCUAAUAUGUAAUGAACCGUUGUGGUAGAACUGGAAGGAUAUUUUUUGACAAUACCCCCAGCUAUAUAUUUCUAUUUUUAUGCAUAUUUGCAUGUCUAUAUUGUUUUUGGUAAAGAGAAGUUUGUUCCAUUUGCAUUAGAUGGAUGAAGAGAGCAAAUGUUCUUGGAAAAGAUCUUAUUUUCAUGAUAUCUUUAUAGAAAAUGAGGUAAGCAAGAGGAGAAGCCUCAAUGGUCAAAGAGAGCUACAUGAUCUCACAGUUGAACAAACUGUCUAUCGCUAUUUAUGUCCUAAAGAAAAAGCAGGACGUGUAAUUGGCCAAGGUGGUGAGAUUAUAAAGUCUAUAAGAGCAGAUAUUGGAGCUAGGGUCCUAAUUGAAGUUGUUGGUCCAGGUUCUGAUGGCGUAUUGUUACUAUCUCUAGUUCAUUCAAAGAAACAAAUCCCUUCAAUUACAAAAAAGAUUAUGUUUGUCCAGCACAAGAUGCCCUCUUCAGGGUGCAUGAGAGGCUUACUCUAGUUGAACCAUUGAUUUGUAAUGAAGAUGAUCACUUCAGUGAUUUUCAAGUUACUGCUCGCUUGCUGAUACCAUCAGACCAGUCACGUUGCAUUAUUGGGAGGCAUGGUCAUACUAUAAAGAAUAUGAGGAAGGACAUGGAGCCCAAAUUUACAUUUGGAAUAAGAACGUAUUCCACUUUGUGCUAACAGUACAGAAGAACUUCUUGAGAUUAGUGGAGACGCUUUGGUAGUGAGAGAAGCUUUGUUUCAAAUUUCAUGUCUCCUUCAUGAACAUCCAUCAAGGUCCCAUGAACAGAUUACUUCCAAAGCAUCCUACAAUCCAUUUAGUUGCAAUUUAGUCUGGAAACAAGCAACAAGGGCUUACACUCCAAUGGAGGAUAGUUAUGAGUUUACCUUGAGGUUGUUGUGCCCUUCUGUUAAUACUAGAGAUGUGAUUGGCAUGGCUGGUGCUACUAUCAAUCAGAUCAGGGAGGAAUCCGGGGCAACCAUAAAUUUAGAUUGUUGUUUUGAUGAUGAAGACUGCAUGGUAUUAAUUUCAGCAAAAGAGUUCGUGGGAAUCUCAAACUCGCCAACCAUUAAUGCUGCGACACACUUGCAACCAAGUUGCAGCAGGAAGUUGGAAUGCGGAUGUGAGGGACCUUCAUAUGUGACACGUCUUCUGGUGCUAAGAUCACAGGUUGGUGGUUUGAUUGGAAAGGGGGGUUUUGUCAUCAAGGAGAUGAGGAGAACUACACAGGCAAGCAUCUCCAUAGUUGAAAACUCGCUUCCUAGUGUUGCAUCUGUGGAUGAUGCAUUGGUACAGAUUUGUGGAGAUCUUCCAAAUGCCAGAGAUGCCCUUAUACAAGUGAUAGAACGGUUGAAAAUUACUCAUUUUGCAAGGAAGGGCAUACUUUUGACGCCCCCUUCUGCUUCAUCUCAUUUUUUGUCAAGAAAAUCUUCUCCUGAAUCAACAUCUACUGGCAGAAGCUUUGAACCAUGCAGUCAUGGGCAUUCCAGCUCUAUUGAGUACACAGCUUCUGUUGGUAGGGAGGCAUUAAAAAUCCAUGCUGGCUCUGGUGGUCCACAGGUACUUUAUUUGCUUAUACAAUAUGCAGUAGUUGGGAAAUCAGAUGGGCACGUCCAUGCACUUGUUACUAUUUGACCUAUGUUUUAGUUUUCUAUUUUUAAAUUUUUUUUUGGGUCAUUUUUUUGCAGUUUAAUUUCCUAUGUAAUAUUUUAUGCAGAUUGAUGAUGAUAAUUAGAUAUUCUAGUGAAGUUUAUAAAUUUGGCGUGAUCAGGUAAGACUUUUCAAAUUGUCUUAAUUUCUUGAUGAAUAUUUAAUAGGCUAUAAAGGAGAUAAAUUGACUUAUGCAAUGCCCAAAGAAUGAAUUGGAACACAAAGAAAUGGAACAAAUUCCUUAUGUAUCUAUUGUUGGAAGUUUAAUGUAUGCUCAGACUUGUACUAGACCAGAUAUAAGUUUUGUUGUUGGAAUGUUGGGUAGAUAUUGAAAUGUUGGGUAGAUAUCAAAGUAAUCCAGGACUUAAUCAUUGGAAAGCUGCAAAGAAAAUUUUACGA